UUUGUUUCAUUUAGAUUUACUCUGUGAUCCACCAUGAAGAUGCAUGUGCUUGUUCCUCUGUGUGCUCUGUUCACCCUCACCCAACAGGUACCUUCACGUGAUAGGUGUGCAUGUGAGUUGACUAACACAGAGAAGGCUUUCCCUCAUGACAAACUCACCACAGUGAAGGACAACGCCUCAAAAUGCAACAGUAACACCACACCACAAAAGACUCUGGAGCUGGAAAGUCUGCUGUUGGGUUUGGAGAAACGUCUGCCCCAGCUGCAGGAAGAUGUGUCCAUGCUGGAGAAGGAAGAUGAUGGAGACCUCUAUGGAGUCAUCAGCCUGCAGGUGGUGGAGAACGAACUGCUGGAGAUUAAGCAGCUCAUCAGCAGGCUCCGCAGCACCACCCUGGAACACCAGUUUCUGACUAAUGACACCACUAAAAAAGUGAGUGAAAAGCACCUGCUGCUAAACACUGACAUUCAAGAAGGCAGUAUGCAAUUCUGCUAUAAGGGCAGACUGAUUUUUUUUCUCUGCAUUUGCACAGUUUAUUUCAUCAUUGCUUCAUCUCACAUUUUUUUACAAGGCAACUGUCCCCAUGGGUGGUUACGGAACGUUACCGGGCCAAGGGUGUACACAGCAGGAGAGUACCCUGGCUCCUACAACUAUGGAGCCUGGGGUCGAGAUUCCAAACCAGAGGAGGGGAAGGAGAGUUGGUAUUGGCUGGUAAUGAUGACCUCCAGCAACAAAUACUCCAACUACGUCCGUCUUUACUCCAGUCUGAGUGCUCUCAUUGUUGGGGAAAGCAGACCAGGUAAUGUCCAGAUCAGCCCCUCUAAUCCAACCACCAACACCAUCCAGGGUCCAAAUACGGUGCUGUAUGGAGAGGCUUUGUACUACAACUGUUACAAUCAAGAUUCUGUUUGUCGAUUCAACCUGACCACCAAAACUGUGACCACCUUACAACUUCCAAAAGGCACCAGGUUUAACUCAAAGGGUAACUUCUGCCACCUUGAUGAAUGCUACCCAUUCACUGACCUGGACCUGGCAACAGAUGAGUCAGGUGUCUGGGUCAUCUAUACCACCACCCAGGACUUUGGCAACUUGGUGCUGUCCAAGGUGGAGGAGGGGGAACCGAUGACACUUGGCCAAACCUGGUACACCUCAGUCUACAAGCAGGCUGUGACCAACACCUUUAUGGCGUGCGGUGUGCUCUAUGCAACACGGUAUGUCAACAAAGACAUGGAGGAGAUCUUCUAUUCUUUUGACACCACGACAGGCAUGGAAAGGUUCAACAUUGGUGUCUUCAUCAACAAGAUGUCAGCCAAUAUUUAUUCCCUGAACUACAGCCCUGUGGACCAGAGGCUGUAUGCCUACUGUGACUCCUACAUGGUUUCCUAUAAGGUUUUGUUUUUGUAAAAGCACAAUGCUGACAACAUAACAUCCACAAAAGCCUGUAUGUUCAUUAAUAGUGGCAAGCACAAACAAAUAAAGGUUCUUCAUAAGGCUGACAAAAAGCAUUGAGGAGAUGCGAAAUUACCCUGCACUUACAUGGUACACAUAAUAAAUUUAGAUGCCAAAUUCAGCAUAAUGUGCAUUUACAUUCUGCUAAUUCCUUUACUACAAAAAUGAGUCAUGUCAUACCCACACUACAAUACCCUGCUGUUGUCAGUUUAUUGCUGCUUUCAUCCACAAAAUCACUUUGCAUUUCUUCCUCGAGAUGUGCAGUAUAUCAAGUAAAAUGAUCAAAUUUAAACAAUUAAAAGAUGUACGUCAAUUAGUCUAAUCCUUAGAAACACCAAGUUACUUGAAUGAUAAACUAAAUAACACAAAGAAGAGUAUUUGAGAGCUCCCUGUCAUUGCCCCAACUGCCCCAACAAAAUCCAAUUUAUAUUGAGACUACUAAGUUGUUAAAAUGUUAUAUCAGUUUGUAUAGAAUGUAAUUUUGCAUUUUCAAAUUGCAAACAUUAGUAUUUUAAUCAAAAACAUUUUAUUAUGCGUUUUACUAACACAUUUCAUGAUUAGUAUAGUAUAAUAUAUAUUAGUAUAAUAUAUUAGUAUUAGAGUAUUUGUAAUUUGCAACAAGAUACUUUUUGAUGCAUUUGUGCCCAUCUCUGGCUGUUCUUUUAACCGGUCUUAAGCUACUGUCAAUAAACUUCAAAACUUCUUGAGAUGUUUCACUUUUAAAGCCUACCUAAAUGAUUUUCUCCUGAGCUGCUGGGGAUAUCUUAAAGCUAACUAAACAUCUUUGUAGGUGUAGAGUUUUGUUGUUCAUUAGCAUAGGUACUGCUGAAACUUCUGAAGUACCUGGCUUGGUCAGUUGAAGCAUUUCAACACUUUGUAUAAACAUGUUCCUCAUAAGCA